AUGCGUUUCGUCUCAUCGUCUCUACUCGGCUCCAUGCGUGCUGCUUCCAAGGCUAACAUGCAGGGUGUUCGCACUUAUGCCUCCCAAGCUGGCAACAACAAGGGAAGCAACAAGUUUGUCCUUGCUACUCUCGCUGCUGCUGGUGCUGCUGGUGGUAUCUACUACAACCAAAACCAAGCUUCUGUUGCCCCUGCUGCUGCUGCUGCUGCACCUGUUGAACCUGCUUUUGAUGGCAAGCAAUUCAAGGCCUUCAAGCUCGAAAAAGUUGAACCCAUCAACCACAACACUGCCGUUUACCGUUUCAGUCUUCCUUCCGAGAAGCAACGUGCCGAGCUCCCUGUUGCUUCUUGCUUGAUUACCCGCUAUCCUAUCACCAAGAAGGAUGGUUCUCCAGGCUUCAUCAUUCGUCCUUACACUCCCACUUCCCCUGAAGAGGCUGAAGGUUACUUUGACUUGAUUGUCAAGGAGUAUGCUGAAGGCAAGAUGAGCAAGCACAUUGCCAACCUCAAGGUCGGUGAUACUCUUGAAAUGAAGGGCCCUAUUCCUAAGUACAACUGGGAGGAGAACAAGGUUGAGAAUGUUGGUAUGAUUGCUGGUGGUACCGGUAUCACCCCCAUGCUCCAAAUCAUCCGCAAGGUCUUUGAUAAGAACUCCUCUGAUAAGACUACCAAGGUUACUCUUGUCUUCGCCAACCAAACCGAGGAAGACAUCUUGCUCAAGGAGGAGCUUGAUACCUACGCUAAGGAACAUCCCGAUCGCUUCAAGGUUGUCUACACCCUCGAUCGCCCUCCCAAGGACUGGCAAGGACUCCAAGGCUUCGUCACUGCUGAUGCCAUCAAGAAGUACUUGCCUGCUCCCGAGGAUAAGAAUGCCAAGAUCUUCAUCUGUGGUCCCGAUCCUAUGUUGGCUUCCAUCUCUGGUCCUAAGGCUAAGGAUAAGUCUCAGGGUGAGGUCUCUGGUAUCCUCAAGGAGCUUGGUUACAACGAGGGCAACGUGUACAAGUUUUAA